GCCCCGCGCGCCGUGGGAGUUCCGUGGAGUUCCGCGGAGUUGGCCGGGCCGGAGCCGUCGGUCCUGGGCGCUGCCUUCCGCGUUCCGCCGCGGCCCCACCUGGCGCCACCGCCCCGCGCCAUGGCCGGAGCUCCCGGGGCGCAGCGCUGACGGCGGCCGGCGGAGCGCGCCAUGCCCAGCAGGACCAGCGCCAAGAUGGACGGGAGCGGCGGCCGCGUCCGCCUCAAGGCGCAUUACGGAGGGGACAUCUUCAUCACCAGCGUGGACGCCGCCACAACCUUCGAGGAGCUCUGCGAGGAAGUGAGAGACAUGUGCCGUCUGCACCAGCAGCACCCGCUCACCCUCAAGUGGGUGGACAGCGAAGGUGACCCUUGCACGGUGUCCUCCCAGAUGGAACUGGAAGAGGCUUUCCGCCUGGCCCGUCAGCGCAGGGACGAAGGCCUCAUCAUUCAUGUUUUCCCGAGCACCCCUGAGCAGCCGGGACUGCCAUGUCCAGGAGAAGACAAAUCCAUCUACCGCCGGGGAGCCAGAAGAUGGAGGAAGCUGUACCGUGCCAACGGCCAUCUCUUCCAAGCCAAGCGCUUUAACAGGAGAGCGUACUGCGGUCAGUGCAGCGAGAGGAUAUGGGGCCUCGCGAGGCAAGGCUACAGGUGCAUCAACUGCAAACUGCUGGUCCAUAAGCGCUGCCACGGCCUCGUCCCGCUGACCUGCAGGAAGCAUAUGGAUUCUGUCAUGCCUUCCCAAGAGCCUCCAGUAGAUGACAAGAGCGAGGACGCCGACCUUCCUUCCGAGGAGACAGAUGGAAUUGCUUACAUUUCCUCAUCCCGGAAACAUGACAGCAUUAAAGACGACUCUGAGGACCUUAAGCCAGUUAUCGAUGGGAUGGAUGGAAUCAAAAUCUCUCAGGGGCUCGGGCUGCAGGACUUCGACCUAAUCAGAGUCAUAGGGCGCGGGAGCUACGCCAAGGUUCUCCUGGUGCGGUUGAAGAAGAAUGACCAAAUUUACGCCAUGAAAGUGGUGAAGAAAGAGCUGGUGCACGACGACGAGGAUAUUGACUGGGUACAGACAGAGAAGCACGUGUUUGAGCAGGCAUCCAGCAACCCCUUCCUGGUCGGAUUACACUCCUGCUUCCAGACGACAAGUCGGCUGUUCCUGGUCAUUGAGUACGUCAAUGGCGGGGACCUGAUGUUCCACAUGCAGAGGCAGAGGAAGCUCCCCGAGGAGCACGCCAGGUUCUACGCGGCCGAGAUCUGCAUCGCCCUCAACUUCCUACACGAGAGGGGGAUCAUCUACCGGGACCUGAAGCUGGACAACGUCCUCCUGGACGCGGACGGGCACAUCAAGCUCACGGACUACGGCAUGUGCAAGGAAGGCCUGGGCCCUGGCGACACAACAAGCACUUUCUGCGGAACCCCGAACUACAUCGCCCCCGAAAUCCUGCGGGGAGAGGAGUACGGGUUCAGCGUGGACUGGUGGGCACUGGGUGUCCUCAUGUUUGAGAUGAUGGCCGGGCGCUCCCCAUUCGACAUCAUCACCGACAACCCGGACAUGAACACAGAGGACUACCUUUUCCAAGUGAUCCUGGAGAAGCCCAUCCGGAUCCCCCGGUUCCUGUCCGUCAAAGCCUCCCAUGUUUUAAAAGGAUUUUUAAAUAAGGACCCCAAAGAGAGGCUCGGCUGCCGGCCACAGACUGGAUUUUCCGACAUCAAGUCCCACGCGUUCUUCCGCAGCAUAGACUGGGACUUGCUGGAGAAGAAGCAGGCGCUCCCUCCAUUCCAGCCACAGAUCACGGACGACUACGGUCUGGACAACUUUGACACACAGUUCACCAGCGAGCCCGUGCAGCUGACCCCAGACGAUGAGGAUGCCAUAAAGAGGAUCGACCAGUCGGAGUUCGAAGGCUUCGAGUACAUCAACCCAUUACUGCUGUCCACCGAGGAGUCGGUGUGAGGCCGCUGCGUCUCUGUCGUGGACAUGCGUGAUUGACCCUUUAACUGUAUCCUUAACCACCGCAUAUGCAUGCCAGGCUGGGCACGGCUCCGAGGGCGGCCAGGGACAGACGCUUGCGCCGAGACCGCGGAGGGAAGCGUUGGCAGGCGCUGCUGGGAGCAGAACGGUCCCUCACACCUGGGCCCGGGCAGGCCAGCUUCGUGCUGGAGGAACUUGCUGCUGAGCCUGUGUCGCGGUGGCCGCGGGGACCCUGCUGAGGGGCUGUCAUGCAGUUUCCAAGGUGCACAUUUUCCACGGAAACAGAACUCGAUGCACUGACCUGCCCCGCCAGGAAAGGGAGCGUGUAGCGUCCUGAGGAAUAAAAGUUCCGAUGAUGUGGAA